AUGAAGUUUGUUCAAAACGUAACUUCUCAACAGCAGUCAUUCCCCUCUCCAAUUCACCUGGAAGCCCGCCGAGGUCAUUACCCGUCAAGUCCGGUGUGUUUCUUCGGCCCGUCGCAGCACGGCCACCACUUGUCGUUUCAUCCUCCGUGUACCUCUUUCCCAAACAGGACCAGUAGCUAGAACGAGUCGAACCUCAUGUCAGCGAAACAAAUGCCCUGGCAACUCCAGCUCUGGUCGCAUUUUUGCGUCUGCUGCAGCCUGACACGCAGACGUUUUCUUAUGAACAUCGGAGGCCAUCUCAGCGUGAUCUCCCCCCAAAUCCCUUAGACCAUAGCUGUUCAAACCCUAAUCUUCAUAUCCAGACUCCCAACAGUUCGUUAGUUCUCACGUGUGGCGGUUUGUUCCUGUAUUUAAAAUAGGUCUUUGUCGAUAGAAGCGAGCAGGCGAGUUCCGGGUAGCAGUUCAGAAGACGAAGAUGCGAUCACUGGAACAAGAAAUUUAUUGACCUGACGUUUCGGGUUCUCACUCGAACCCAUCAUCAGAGACAGUCGCAGAUAAGGGUAAUGGUGGCACAAGGAGUGCAGUAUUUUUUACACGUGGUUGUCGUGGGACCAUAUGCGCAUUGUAAUUAACAGCUCUCACAAUCACCGCUAGAGUCUUAAUUGAUGCGAUGGUGGAUUAUCAAUCCGUGUCCGAGUCGUUAGUUGCCGGGAUUUCGUCAUCCGUGUUAGAGGCUGGUGUGACGAUUGCUCGGCAAAUUGGCUUACUGUCACUAGGAUAUUUACUCGCCCGCGCCCUCCCCACGUGGCUGAUUCCCUUGCCCAGGGAAAAUCUCAGCACGGAAUAUGGAAAUGGGAGGUCAUUGAGCUUGUUGAUGGAUUGCGGGCCUGAGAACCAUGACUCGAGCAGCUCGCGGCUCAUGUGGCUGUUAUCCCUUGCGAGAAUUUCGGCCUCUUGAAAAUAUGGCCGCGUCCCAUCGAAUGAGCCGCCACCUGAGAGCUAGCGUCUCCCGCCUCACCGCUGCUGCGUGCUCGGCAAUUAGCGUACGGAGUAAUCUCUUAGUUUCUCCGACGUCAUUGCUUUGACCGCAAUUGCACCAAAUCCGGUAAACGACUUUAGAUGUUUCCUGCCGUGGCAGUGGAUCUUUCGGCUUCAUGACUUGACGCCUGAUGGCCUGUGUGCAACCCCAACUCCAAGUGGGGUGAGAAGACGACGGACGGCUCCCGAAACGUUUUUCAUGUACGGAAGAGCCCGCCAAAAGUUGGGGCCGGCUGAAUUUGGUCUCUGGUGUCGUUUUCGUAUGCACUGGUUGACAAAGUUGCGCGGGUAGCCAUUGGCUCUCAUUACCCGUCGAGGAUAUUGCAAUUCAGCAACCUUGUCUUCCAUUUCACCGCAGUGCGUCUCAACACGCCGGCAUAGCGCCCUUGCGCAACUGCGUUUGUGACUGAUCGGGUGGUUUCUAUUGAAGUUCAGUAUUUGCGUCGUACUUGUCGCUUUCCUGAACGCUUUGGUUUCUAGGUCACCACAAUCUUUGCGGCAGACGAGGACAUCCAGGAAGGCCAGCUGAUUGUUUUCCUCCCCCUCCAUCGUAAAUUAAAUGUCCGGGAAGACGGCGUUGAGUUGUUCUUUGAAAGUCAGCACCUGAUCCCGUUCGAUGACGACGAAGGUAUCAUCCACAUACCGAGCCCAAAAUUUCAGUCUGCGGUGUCGGAAAACCAGCGACUCCAACCGUUUUAGGACCGCCUCGGUUAUGAGUUCCGAAAUCGGCGAAGCCAUUGGCGUUCCCUACACCUGCUCGUAGAUUGUUCCGUCGAAUGUAAAGUACGUCUUGAGACAGAACUUCAGGAGCUGGAUGAUUUGGGCGUGUCCGAGGCGAUUCUCCGUUUCGUCGUACUUCUCUCGUAGGAGUGGUUCGAUUGUCUCGACUGCCAGGUCCUGCGGGAUAGAAGUAAAAAGGGACGUGACAUCAAAGGAAACCAUGAUAUCGCCUGGCAGGAGACUUACUCCUUUAAGUUUUUCUAAGAAUUGCGUUGACGAGCUGACUGUGGUGUUCGAAUCGGAGGUCAGAAACUUGAGACGUUGGAACAGUCACUUUGCCAGUCCGUAGGUUGGAGUACCCUUUAAUGAUACGAUAGGCCGGAGAGGAGCACCCUCUUUGUGAACUUUUGGGAGACCGUAGAAUCGGGCUAGGGCCGUUUCUUGUGCUCUCGCCAUGCGUCGGUCGAUUGGCGAUAUUGCCCCUGAGUUCUCAAUUGCCAACAGUGUCGCGUUAAUCUCGCGUGUCAGCAUUUUAUGGGAUUGGAUUCGCAUGGGACAUAGGAAUGACGAUCCUCCAACAAACGUUUGGCUUUCUGAUUGUAGUCUGUCCUGUCCAGUACGACCGUGGAACGCCCGUUGUCCACAGGCACGAUAACGAGGUCGUUGUCGAUCCUGAGUUCCUUAAGUACAUCGCGCUCGACCUUGCAAAGCACGUCGUGCGGCCUAUGAGCCACGAGGAGGGGAUGACACUUGGUGUCGAAUGCGGUUCUUCGUUUUAUCUGUCGCUCUCGUCUGGCUGAGGAUUGAUUCCACUGCUGCAAUCCUGUUGGCAGGUUUGGCAUCGGCUGUGUUGAAUGAGGCCUCAUACCCUAACACCUGCAUUUGUUUCCCCGUCAGCUCCUUUGACGACAAGUUGUGCAUCAGUUUGUCGUUAUUGGAUGACAUUGGAGCAGGCAGAUGACGAAAUUUGCCCGCCAGGGCUGCUUCGCAUGUCGCUUUACGUUCGCGGGUUCGUUCGGCCAGCCUCUGCUGAAGCAGUUUUGUACCAUCAUCGCCCAUGAGCUCACAACACCUUGCUUUCUCUUGCCUUCAGCGGCCAAACCCUUUUUUCAGCUGAAUGCUGGCGUUGCACUUUAUAGCCCUCAGCUUGGGGACGCUGUUAGUCCCGAUCGUCAUUUUAGUCGCGUCCGGACGUUCACUCACACCUGGCACUGACAUAACAACAACAACAACGGCUGCUUUUUGGUGUGGUGGAACAAUUCCUGGCCCUGAUUUCUGAGCUAUUUCUCCGAUCAGGGUAACGGAUUGUUGUACCAAUUCUGCUUAUCUGACUUUUCGUUUGGGAAGUUUCACGUUGUUACUUUGACAAUUUUUCCACUCUCCGUCUACCCCGUCCUGUUUUACUUUUUUAGAUUCCCAACGGGCUGUUAAAAUCCGGUUUGAGUUGUAACGUGGUCGCCUACUUUUAUAUAACACUAAAAGGUCUGCCGAUUUACUGCACAGUUCACUUCUGUCAGAGUACUGCCUGCCGCGUCAUCGAGCAAUUUCUUUGCUUUGGUCUCUUGAUUUCUUGCUUUGAUCCUGAAAAUCCCGCCUUCUUUUCUUUAGGUGUAGCAAUGCAAAGAAGGAAGGGCAAUCACCCUCCCCCGAAGUAUCAUAAAAGACCUGCCAGAAAAGGCUUUAAAACCGAGUCGCCGACGGAGUAUCCUGAAUUUCCAUCCACUACAGAAAAUGUUAGAUCUAUGUCUGAUAGCUCGGAUUCGGGUCCCGAUGAAAAUUUAGGGAGCGAUAGUAAUUCCAAGAAUUUCAACAUAAUUACAGCAAUGUGGGACCUGGGCCAGUGUGACCCAAGGCGUUGCACUGGCCGGAAACUGGCUCGCUUUGGUCUGACGCGGCAACUAAAGUUAACUGAGCCCUUCUAUGGAAUCGUCCUCACGCCAACAGCGACCCAAUAUCUCGACCCGCAAACUGACCAUAACAUUGUUGAACGAUGCGGGAUUGGUGUUAUUGAUUGCUCCUGGGCCCAACUCGAUAAAACUCCCUUCAGGAAGGUAUAAAUUAUUAAAUUUAAAGUAUAUGUUUUGUCUGCCCAUGCGUUCUAAAAGUCUAACGUUAGCACCAACCUCUUGUCCUCAGCUACCACCUCCAUUCAAAAUGCUCACAGAAAACACCCAGAGCAUCCGCAUUGUCUUCACCAACCGUUAUUUGAAUGCGGACGAGUUUUACUGAAUAAUUUUUCGGACUUCAUACAGUCAUCAGCACUACUGUAACUCUUCAGGCGUUAUAGGUCACGUGUAAGGUUGAUUUUUGCAGACCACCUUGCCGUUAACCUUAGUCGUGUAUCUGUUGUGAAGGCAGUUUUUAAAUGUUUUGCCAAUAUUUUUUUUACUCUUUGGCUCGGAGCCAUAAUGAUUCACGUUGUUAUUUGGCAGGGAUCUCGGGUCUUGGAUCCAUGCUUGCUUUUGGAGCAUGGUUUCCCCUCCCCGACUUGGAUUUAAUGACGCGUUUUGACCUAAUUCUGUGGUCCUUGAGACUGGCGAUCUCACUUAUCCUUCCUAUAAUAGAGGGAGGAUUAUAAGGGUGCUGGUUCCUUCUAUCGGACGCUAAUUUGAUACGCGCACUCGAUCCGAUUUCAGUGGACCUCUUAUCACUCCUAGUUUUUAAUGCCCUCCCACUUUUCGGACUUCUGUCCGUGAUAUGUUUAGGAGGCAGGUUAUCAUCGUGUCUUGUUGCUCUAAAAGAACUACAGAACUCCUUUGCACGGUAUUCCUUGAGGAGAUCCUUUUUAAUCUUUGUGCUUGCGAAUAUGCCAUUAGAAUCACCGUCAGCCGGUUCUUUGUUGACUUACUUGACUCUAGUUGGAAUUUCCUGUCCUCAUCAAAUUUCGGUCUGUUUUAUGCUGGGCUGCUGCAUUUUCCUUUUUAUCCUUUGGCCCCAGUGCUACGGCAAUAUUACUUAACCAUUCUCUGUCUCUAUCUUUUUUUUUCUUGUCGCAGCUAAAAUUUUCUCAUGGACGACUGGUGCCCUACCUUCUGGCUGUCAAUCCUGUUAAUUAUGGGAAGCCGCACAAGCUCACUUGUGUGGAAGCAUUUGCAGCCACUCUCUACAUCCUCGGCUGGACUAGGGAGGCUCAAAUUCUUCUCAACAAGUUUUCAUGGGGACCCGCUUUCUUGACAGUCAAUGCAGAUUUGCUGGCAGCCUAUCGUCAGUGUCGAACAGAAGCCGAGGUUGUCCAACAUCAAAAGGACUAUGAAACGAGGUUGGCGGAAACCAAAAGCAGGAAAAACGGAUCUUAUUCGGAUAUUUAUGCUGCUCUGGAUGCCGAGAUGCAGCGACAUUCAGAGUAGGUGUUUUGACCCUUCAGAUGACCUUGAUUGCGUCUUAGGGAAUCCUUGAAAUCAGAAGAUGCUAAAGCCAGUGGUGAUCAGAAAUCAGAAGCGAUUGAAUUUGGAAGUGACGAUGUCGCUGGUAUGUCUAUAAAACUACUUUUUUCCACUGCUGGUUUCCGUCUCCGUUUGAGGGGCUGUUUAAACUUCAAUUCCCAGUCACAUGAGUACUGUACCUCAAAGCCUUACUGCCCCGACUGGUCCAGUGGGCCUCACAUUUCUUGUGUUUCUUAUUUUUACUCAGGAGCGCCACCGAAAGUUAAACAGUAAAACGUAUUAUGAGUUGUUGGAUGGACGAUGAUAAGAGGCUACUUUUGGUCAAGUGACUAGGUUACUCCUCCGAUGAGGAUGGUCUAUUAAGCCUGUUGAAUAUUUUGGCCAGUUCCCACCUCACACGCGAUCUCAUCGACGGAGGUCGCGGAGCCUGUUUAUUCAGUAAAUCAAAACACCGCACGUGGGGUGCAAAGGUCGAACUGUCAGAACAAGCGUUGGUAAAUUUGUUUUGUAGAAUAGGUGCAACUGUUACCAGCAAUUUGGCCGACUGCCUCAAACACUCAAUUAAACCAGAUUCCGAUGCACAGCGUAUGCUAGAAAUGUUAGUGGUGCCAAUUCCUUGGUUUCGUUUGCCGUCUUGUUGGAGAAUCCCGAAAGUGUUGAACUACUCUGACAGUUUAUUUAUUUGUGCCUACUUUCUUCUCACUCUUUGGUCGCACGCACAUGUGAAGCUGCCCCAGAUUUCGACUGGCUGCUUAGGAGCAGGCCAAUUCGUGUACAACGGAGAGUGAACUUCCAUGCCUCCGAAUGCAAAAACCCUGGGCUGACGAUCAAGUCAAGUAUCGGCCAGCGCCAUCUGAUUAAUGCAACGUCCCCAGAGUCGAUGUGGAUAGAACUUUCCUCUUAUUUGCGGACGAAUUCGCUUAUCUAAGAAGUAAAAUUUUAAAAUACCAAGAUGGACGGUAGAAUUGCUUACCGUAUUUUUAAAGCCAGGUAGGCCAUUGGUGAGCUGCAGAAUUCAGUUUGGAAUUGCCACGACCUCCACUUGAACAACAAGCUGAAGAUAUACCGAGCCUUCAUCCCGACAACACUUUUGUACGGGACAGAGACGUGGGCUGUGUAUGAAAUUCAAGCAAGAAACCUGACCAUUCUCACAUCAGCUCCCAGAGAAUACUGAGGAUAAAAUAGCAGGGAAGGGCGCCAUACGCAGAUCCGGGAGAGAACUGACAUCUUCGAUAUCUCCUCCAUGUUGAGUCAGAUACAACUGCGAUGAAGCAGCCACGUCGUUAAGAUGGAUGACGAGCGCCUGCCUAAGCGACUAUUCUACGUCAGUGUCACUGCGGUGCUCGCAGAGAAGGCGAGCAAAACCGUUCUUACAAGAACGCCGUAGAUUUCCUUCAAACACCUGCAGAUUAACCCUGAGAUCUUGUAAGUCUUCGCCCAGAGAAUUAACGGACGUGGCAUAAUGUCACGAAAACUGGAGACACAAUAUACGAAGCUUAUCGCAUUGAAGAAGUCGAAGCGAAGAGGGCGGCGUGCAAACCUUGAGUAUCACAGAUCAGAAUUGCAAACACUCAGCGGAUAUUAACUUCUUAGCGUUGGAAGAUACUAUACUGGCAGCGCAGGUAAUGGCUAAAAGCCGAGACAUACGUGUUUCGCUGAUAUUCUGUCGCUGAAUGGCACAACUGCGAGGGGUUCGGCUCAUCAGUGGGUCCCCCAGCAUCCCCGGUGUGUUUUCUGGUAGAUACUCCAGUUUAGAAAUUGUUGCUUUUUAAUUUCCCCAGAAAUUCACUGCUGACUUGGAGUAGAUCAGCUUACACUAGGGUGUAUAGGCGCAGACCGAAAUAUGAUGUAUGAAUAUUUGGGCGGAAGUCCAUCAACCACAGCGGGAUGACUGCGUAUUAUUCAUUAAUUGCCGACAGGCAGCCAGUAGUAUAUUUUAACGUUAGAAGAUACCAUACUAGCGGCACAGGUACUAUCUGGUAUGGUAUCUUCAAACACCAAAAUGUACUACUAGUUUCCUGUCGGCAGUUAGUGAAUAUUACUCAGUCAUCCCGCUGUGGCUGGUGGUCUUGGGCCCAAAUAUUAAUACAUUAAAUUUUGGUCGGCGCAUAUAGACCCUGGUAUAAACUGAUUUAAUCCAAGUUAGCAGUUAGUUUCUGAGGAUAUUAACAUCCCCAUGGGACCAGCUGACGUUCAGAGCACGCAUCGAAGGCGUGGGCUACACUCAGAUUUAUCGUCACGACAACCUGCCCAACUCAUCACCAUCAGUACAGGGCGUCGAGAUCACCAGAAACAUGGCCGAAGGAAACCCUUCCACGUGCCUUUUCAUCCGCUCGACAACGGACAGUGUGGACUCAGUUUAAAAUUGUCCCAUGCCUUCAAAUCAGGCAUCCGCCUGUUUCAUUGCUUGCGAAUUAGUCGCACCGAGACCAGUAAACUGGUGCCACAACUCCUAACUUACAUCCGUUCAGCACGACACGCUGGGAGUCUUGACUUGGCUCAUUAGGUCAGAUGCUCAUCCACAAAAAUCUUCACUCAGAAAAUGAGGUGAAAAAUACAUCACAUCACAACACCACAUUGCCUGCAUGCGCACAAACAUUAUACUACACCAUUAUGCUUCACAUAAUGCGAAUACGCGACACCUCUCCGUAACACAACACUUCGCUCCUGUAGCGUACAUGCGAUCCCUACUGCCAACUCCGACACGGUGGGCGAAACAUCGCAUACAAAGGCAUGCAAAUCUCACGUACACGGGAGUAUGUUAUUCGAUGUUGCCUGACCCAGGAAAUGGGUACUAGGUUGUGUGUUGCCCACAUAAACGGACCUUUCAGUCCUGUCCGCCGCUGACCCCAAUCCCACCAGCAAUUGUUUCACAGGCUGGGACGGUCGGCUGAUUCGUGGAGGAGGGAGGAGGCCAACACUGGAGAAUCUAUCCUCACGACACAGCGCAUUUCUCACUAUCACGACGCGUUCAGACCCGUGACUUGGAAGGUUUCCAACUGACAGAAUAACUUGAUCCUUCUCAGGACUGUCGCUCAGGCUGUAAUGGCUCAUUCUUCGUGCAGCCUUUAUGAUAUCCCCACCUACGUAAGAUCGGAGCCGCCUGUGCGCGAAAUGGAAACUCAGUCGUAUGUAGCAGGCGUAGGCGGACCGUUCAGCUUUGUUAGCGAUCGCGCCCACGUUCACCUAUCCUCAUCUUGAUCUUAUCUCACCAUCGGAGCCAAAAUUAGUAAGAGAGGAGAGAGUGCGGCAGAUGCUGCGCUCGUCUUCAUUGUCAACUAAUUCUCACGCAAGUGACCACUGCACCCACUCCGUGGGGCACAUUGGACGUUGUCGCUCGCGACGGUCGAACUGGCGUGUUUGCAUCUGUAUGAUUCGAAAACAAGGCUGUCUCUGUUGAUAGCGGUCUCUCACGUAGCCGCCGGCAUUCGCCCAUGUAGUAGCUUCAGUCGGUCCUAUGGGACCGCGUACGUAACACAGAUAUAUUUGACCUCCUUGUUCACUACGUAGGACAAAAUAGUGGUAGAGACAGGCCCGAUUGCGCCCUCACCAAGUCAUGAUAGAAAAUAUUCACGCAUAAUAUUGGAAAGACUCCUUGUUGUUCAACCUCUAUGGCUAUAUCCGGAAGAUCAAGCAAAAUAGUUGGUGCACAUUGAUGAUUUCUGAAGUAAUAACUUGCUCUUACCUCCUGGAUGCAGGAGUAAACUGCUGGUGGAAAUUGCCGCGUGAUAAAUUUGCGGUACAGUCGAAAUCAAUUGACGACUCGAGAGUUCGCUUGCCGAGCCUUCAUGAAAGUUUGAGGAAAAUUUCGUACGGUAUAUACCUCCGAAUUUAAUGACCGACUAGCAGGACCCGGCCACGCGUUGCUGUGGCUCAGUCUGAUGAAAUGUAUAAGAAAGAAAAGAUGAAGGGAGCAUGUUUCUAACAUGUUUAAUGUCAUAACGCUUGUGGAUAUGCAAUAUUUUUUCUCGUUGCGUUGUCUGUGCCGUUACAGAGAUUGCCUGGUUUGCCGGCUCUGGAGCACGUAACACAUAAGUGGCCAUGUGGGAAACAAUUCGUUUGCAGAUCCAAACCGCACAAUUCUAAAGAAUGGGCUUGAGCUUUGUUGGUGGUGAUUGCAAACGCCAAUCGAAUCGGGAGUUGCAUUCUCCGAAAUUGAAAUGGCAUGUCAACUGGAAUCAGUGGAAUGCGAGGAAUAAGGACAUGUUCACCUUUGAAGGGUCCUGCCAAGAUAGUUGCUUCCACGACGUUGCUGCGGUAGUUUUUUUUAUCGCAAGCCGCGUGUCGUUGCAAAGCUUCGGUUGGUUGAUAUUUCACAGCACGAUAAUCGGCACGCCGAUUUUCAAUUGCAGUACGUGCGGCGGCGUCCCUGGCAGAUCAAGUGAAUUCAAAAUUUCUGUUCGAUGAUUAACUGCCUCGUCUGCUUCCUCAACAGUGUCAACGGACGUGUGCACGAUUGCUUCGCUUUGAUUAUUAGACUGAGUAGUACGGCUAGGGUAGAAGACACCUUUGAUCUUGGCAGCAAGAAUAGCUCGUUCGCUUAGCCAAUAGCGAUUCAUAUAAUUGGUUUGAAUAUUGGGAAAUACCUUUUCAACCAAUUCUUAUUUUGACAACACUAAAUUACCAAAGGUAAUAGGUUUCUAAAUGCGCUCCGAAGUCGGGUCAACCGGCACCGUUCCGUUCCCAACUGCCAGCAAAUGGUGUGAGAAUAUUUCAACUGAUCAGCCGGUUUGCAGCUGGACACGCAUAUUUGUAGUUAAUUUUAACGUCUGGAGGUGGCGCUACAACGUAGAGUAUUUCAGGUAGGCAUUUCUUUCGUCGGCUGGUGUCGAUCGAGGAAUUACAGGCAGUGUUUGCUUGAGUCUCCUGCAAACAGUAGCAAUGUGUCUCCAAGUGGUCUGCUGUUUCCGCGCAAGUCUUGCAAUGAUCGGCCAAGGGCCUCUAGCGUUUUUCUGUGCCAUUGUGCAUUCACCCCAAACAAUAAGUUUGCAUUUCUGCAGUUCUUUUCCCAUGCCGGAUGCCUUGAACGUUUUGCACGUGGGAGUUUCAGUGAAUUGCUCGUUCAACGGCAAUUUCAAAGCGGAAUGAGCAGUUCUUCCGCCAGGUAGCAAGGUCGCAGCUAUUCCGGACGACGCAAGGGCUAGGACUAUGUUGUUUUUGGAUCGAAAUGCUGCCAGAAUCAGUCGUAGUAGGAAAGUUUUGCCACUUACUUUCUGGCGCAUCCAAGAAGAAGAUUCCUCCAACCCCCUUAUUGGCAGUCCUCACUAUUUGCUCGUAAAUGCCAUUCGGCUCAAGUGUUAGCUUAGGAAUGUUUGAUUGCAGAUACGAUAGAAGAUCAACCGUGUUGUACUUUUUCUCACUCCGCAAAUCCACGUCUAACGAAGCAGCAGCAGAUCAGUUUGGUGAUAGCUUUCCCAGUUAAUUGAGAACCUUUCGUGAUUUCUACGCACACAUCCUCGAUCAUUAUUAACGCCUCGUUGUAGAUUUCGGCUGUGAAAUCCGCAUUUGGCUUUGCCCUGCGUAGUCGACAGGAAAUAUAUUUAGCCAUAUGCGAUCCACUGGCUGAGGCGGGGGGGGGAGGAGGGUUGGUGUUAAUUGCAUCCAGUCACGCCCGAGAAUCCUAGAGAAAGCGGUGACAGCCUUAUUAUGUGGGUAGUGUGGGCAAGUUAAAGUGGAGCCCAAGAGUAGCAUGUUUUUUUGCUACAGGGGUGGUUCGCCUAGCGACCCAUAUUACAUCGAGCUAGGGGGGGGACAUGUUCAAGUGUCUGCUGGGGGGUGAGUGCGGCCGUGGGGGGGGGGGCGUGUUUUUGAGCGGAUUUCAGCCACGAUAGUUGCUUCCACGACGUUUCUGUAUUAAUUUUUUUACUGCAAGCCGCGUGCCGUCGCAAAGCUUCGACUGACUGUUAUUUCGCAGCAUGAUAAUCCGCGCGCCGAUUUUCAAUUGCUGUACGUGCGGCGGCAUCCCUGGCAGAUCAAGUGCAUUCGGAAAUUCUGUUGGUUAAUUAACUGCCCGUCUGCUUCCACAACAGUGUCAACGGACAUGUAUAUGACGGCCUCGUUUUGAAUCGUAGACUGAAUAACAUGGUUAAACUGGUAGGCAUAUUUGUUCUUGACCGCAGGAAUAGUUCGUUCGCCCAACCAAUCGUGAUUUGUAUAAUUGGUUUGAAUUUUGGGAAAUACCUUUUCAACCAAUUCUUCUUUUGAAGACACUAAAUCGCCGCAGGUAAGAAGUAGGGAAAUGCGUCCGGAAGUCGGAUCAACCGGCACCCUUCCAUUCGGUCAGAACUUCGUGAGAUAGGCCGGCUACCGUAUUUGGACACCACCAUCCGGCCUCCUAUGUAGUAAGGCGUCUAGAAAUGAAGGAUUCUUCGGUUUGUACUUGUAGAAUAGACAAGAUAGCCUGGUGUGUAUUGCUCGGUUUUGAUGAGGGAGCGUCUAAGUUGGCAUUGUCCGUAGCAACUUCGUAGGUUUGACAACAAAUUUUGUACGGAAAUCGAAUCCUCUUAUAGCCAGUCUAAGCUGGGUAUUUUUAGAGUUUCCCAUAAACAUAUCUGCAAGCAAUGAUCCCUCAGCCAUACCAGUAGUCUAACGAUAGGAGUAGUCAGUAUAUUCAAGGCACAUAUGGACAUUCGACGAGGUAGUGACUCGCUGGGAACCCCUUCCGGCAACUUGAUUCCUUCAAAUUUCUGACUGUCUUUGUCAGAAGAGAGGCGUGACAUAAGCAGGCUGCAGAGUUUUAAUAUCUAAAUCCUGACCUCGAUCACCACUCGCGAAUCGAAGUGUCCAGGCGACCGCAUUGUGCCGUGUCGCGCUCGACCAGUUUUAGUAAUUUAGCCAAUUUAUUGGACCACUUAGUUGGGUUUGUGCACUUUUGGCGAGCCGUGUAGCCUUGGUGUUCUCGUGCAGAUAGGCUUGUUCCCAUCAUUUGAACAUGGUCAGACCCUUUAGGAUGCUGCCGACUUUUGAAUCAGUUCAUUGAAUUGACACAAUCGCAGAGCUCCUGUUUGCCUACUGUGACUACAGAUGGUGCAUCACAACAGCUGAUAACCCGAUUUCGCCUACCGGACUCUUCGCCGGCUCCCGUAACGCGUAGAAUCUCGUCCCCUGCCCCACUUUCAUCGGCCUCCCUGUUCCUCGAGUGAACACUGCAAACCUUCUCAGGCUCCUUUCACACCAAUGUGAAACCUAGUCACAUUAUGCAGUCGAUUUGACUAGGAUUAGUCGAAGACGUACAGUCGCUUUAAUCUUAGUUCAUGGUUUAGCUGAUUGGACGCCUAGUUUCUGCGUCUCAGGGACAUCCAGCACCUUAUUUACUUCCACUUCCGUUAUUAUACACACGCGUUCAGUUUUGACUGCCUUAGUCUUCGCGCCGUUUGAGUGAAAAUCCGAUUAAUCUCACCCUUUUCCUUGAACGCAGACCUCGCAGCUGGUGAGGCGUCCAGCAUUUGCGAAGAAUCCCCAUUUUCUGUCGAAUCAUUCAAGACGUUGACUCUCUCCGACGACGCCCUGGAGCUCCUUGAGAAGCAGGUACAAUGUAUGGCGUCGAAAUUUCAGUACAGAAAGCUAGUUCAAGAGGCAGGCCGAAAUUGGGAUCGCUUCUAUAACAGAAACGGUGCGCGAUUCUUCAAGGUUGGUUCUAUUUCCGGUCGUUUUACUUAUCAUUUAUAGUGUAUGAAUCUCCUAAUCCUAUUUUAAGACGUAAUCUGGACUUUCGGUUUGCGUAAUUGUAGUACCUAGUUGGGGUGUAUGGGUGCCCAGGUUGACCUUGUAUUGACACUCGUCGGAGUGCUUUCACACGCUUGAUGACCAUUCCGCAUUGCCCCCAUUUGGCAAUCAGCUCUCCUCAUGACUCUGCGUAACUGUUCUGACCACACGUCAGUAACCGUUUCAACUGACUAACUAAACCCGAGACAGGUGGCCGGUAUUUCUCCCACGCCGGUGCAUUUCUUUGUGUGUAGUCUGACUUUUUGAGUAGGGGUAAACCAGCUGUGUUGUGGCACGCAUACACAAGGCUUGCACCAAGUCAGCCACAGUUCCCACAUUGCCAGUAGUUUUGACAUGGUCGUCAUUAGAUCACGUUGAUACUGAGAAGUGCGGAUAAGUUGGGCACAUUAUAAGUGCUCCACGCUUUAAUUUUAUGCCCAAAUCACCCUCAUCACCAAGUCGCAUGAGGCAUCGCCCUCGUCGGGUUUUUUUCCAACACAGCAGUCGUUAGUAUAUUGGAAUUCGACAGUCCUCUAGAGUCAUUAAAGAGCCCAAUUUAUGAGCACAUGCCUACUCUAUCACUGGAGAAGGGCGUAAGAAAAGUGCUAUAAGCAAAUGCAAUUUCAAACCGUCUGUACAAGAGACUUGUUGCUGGACGCGACACUGGCAGUCGAGACGUGAGGAGCAGUGACAACCCUCGUCCUCCCACCAGUGGCCAGGUUCAUUGCGGCAAUCCAAAACGUCCGUCUACUUUUAGAUAACCCAAUGGCCAGCCGAGCAGAAGUUAGGACAGCUCUGGCCGCCAGGAAACCAGUUCGGUACCAGGAAAACAUUGCCGUUGUCAGUACGCCUAAUUUUCCUGAGGAGGUACAGGUAAAUGUAGUUGGAGCAGCUGUUCUAGGCGAGAACAGCGACAUGCUGCAUUCGCCUUCGACACUAGAUAUGGCACUGUCAGGAGCUUGCGCUCCCCUUUCCCCAAAUGGUAUCCGUGACCGACUCAUCGCGACCCCGCUUCUACUUAGUAUGAAAUUGGCCACUAGCCUUAGCGUCCGCUCUUCGACAGUGACAAGCCUUGACGUCAUCAAGAACAAGUUUUACGGGCAUUUGCUCGCCUUUCUUGUGUUUGUACAAAAUUCAGACAUUGUUGUGGAGCGUCCAAGCGGCGUAGAGCCACGGCCUAAGGGGCUGAGCAGGGACUAAGCCGGCGGCGGUUAUUUGUUGUGUGGACCAGGAGGUGUGGUCGAACGCCAAGGUGAGGAUCCGUCCGAGCCAUCCACCUGCGGCCUCACUCGUCUCCGGUCUUUUUGACUCUGUCUUGACACCGGGCUCGGGAGGAGGAGAGAGUGUAGGUAGAUGCAGCGCAAGUCUACCGGCACUAUAAACCCUUGCGCUAGUCACUGUCCCUGUUCCCACCGCUGCAGCUGUGGGGCACACGGUGGAGAUCGAUGGUCGAACUGUCAAGCCGGCGGCGUGAGACACGCGUGAAGUUAGACGGUCGACCAGCGUGCACUGCAGCGCGGAGCACGUGUGCGGCCCAAUCAAUGGCUGGUCGAACAUUUCAGACGAUUCCACCGGGGGCUAUCGCGCACGCGUCAUUGGAUGGAAUGUUCCAGAACGCACGGGAGCCAAGAUAAAUAGCGCAUCUUUCUGACGAGUUGUAACCCCUCAUGUCCGCAGGUUACCAAUAAAGUGCUUGUCCUCUGGACCGGCUCUCUUCCUGUCCUACCUUUCUUCCGGGUCCUAACAACUGGCGACGCAGGCGCAGCAAAAUGAUAUCAGAAGAACAAAUGAAACAUACUGGAGGCCCAGCAGGCCAGCUUCAUGGCACUACUCACAGAAAUGCAGCGGAAUUGGGGACCGGCAUCCAGAGAGAACAAAAAGAAACAGAUCGAGCAACGGAUCACCGAGUUCGUUUACGAUCCAAAAGCAGGCGUGAAUUUCGAAGCCUGCUUUCGAAAUUAUGAAGGACUGUUGGAAGAGGAGGGAGCAGAACUAGAGGACAAGACGAAGGUGGAAAUCAUGCUGCUAAAACUGGCCCAGCGGGAACACGAGUGGUACGUAAACAUCAUUCUGCCUCCGAAACCAUCAGAUGUCUCGUUUAAGGACACACUCAAGCAUUUGGAAGCAUUGUUCUGUUUUACAAAGUCGUUAUUCAAUCGACGUUUUGAAUGUUUCAAGCUGAGCGUAAGCCUGAAGAAGAAUAUUUUGCUUUGGCCGGUCGAGUUAAUGAUACUUUUCAGCAAGCCGAGCUAGAACAGGCCACCAGGGCACAGAUUAAAGCACUAUUUUUCAUUAAGUCGUUGACGUUGCCAGAAGAUGCAGGUGUGCGUGCGCGGUUACUCGCCCAGCUAGACCAGAAAGGCGAUAUGACAGUACAGGAACUGGCAGAGGAAUGUGUCCGAAUUACAAAUAUCAAGCAAGAUACCCGGCUUAUUGGAAGCACAAAUAGUCAUCCAGCUUACUUUUUCGACACAAAAACGAGACAACCAGGACCGAACAGAGUUUCCUCACGGAAGCCAAAGACGGCUUUUUGGCUGUGCGGCGGUUGGCAAUACGUGAGCGAAUGUCCCUAUCGUAGUAGGAUCUGCUACAAAUGCUCCCGUGUUGGCCACAAAGCUUCACAUUGCAGAGCAGCGCACGCUAGCCCAAGAAAGGAUUGUCAUGUCAUUUUAGAAGACGAUUCGCAAGUACUCAAUUGCGAACACCGGUAAUACUUGACGGUGAAUAGUAACGAAAAGCCGACCACAUUACAAGUAGACACAGCUUCUGAUCUGGCCAUAAUCAGCAUGCGCACAUGGGAGUACAUCGGUUCUCCAGAACUGAGACCAUCAGAGAUCAUAGCAUGGGCGUCAAACGAGACGCGUAUGGAAUUUGAAGGCGUUUUUUAGGCGACUGUUAGUUUUCGAAACAUGACUUGCCUCUCAGAUAUCUGUGUCGAAAACCCGUAACAAUCUUCUCGGAAAUAUGACGAUCUCCGAACCGGGAUUGUAGAACCGUCCCUUCGACGAAAUUUGCAGCGCGGUGCACAACACUACUGAAGAGGUUCUGAAGAAUACGUAUAUGGAACGCAUGGAGAACGCGGCCGGCAGGUGCACGAAGACGAAGAUAAGUUUGAAAAUGAAGCCGGAGAAGAAGCCAGUUUUCAAGCAGAGCCGACGGGUCCCGUUUGCGGUUCAGUCGUCCGUAGAAGCUGAACUGGAAAGGCUACUGUCAAAGGGCAUAAUCUAUCCUGCCAAUUAUUCAGCUUGGGCUGCCACAGUCGUGGCAGUGAAGAAACCCAACGGACAGACACGAUUAUGUGCGGGUUAUUCCACGGGCUUGAACGACGCACUAGAAGAUUAUCACUACCCGCUGCCAACCUUAGAGCAGAUUUUUGCUACUCUAAAUGGAGGGCAAGUUUUUGCAAGGAUCGAUCUAUCCGAAGCUUACUUGCGAAUUGAGGUGGACAAGAAAUCGCAGGAACUUUUGACCAUUAAUACGCAUAAGGGUCUCUUCAGAUACUCUCGUCUAAACUACGGCGUGAAAACGGCACCUAGUGUGCUCCAGCAGAUCAUGGAUACGAUGCCUACGAAUGUUCCCCGGGUUAUUGUAUAUCUGGACGAUAUUUUGUUUGUCGGUAGCUCAGUGAAAGAGCUGACUCAAAGGCUGGACCAGGUUGUGGACGGUCUGAUCGACUACGGCCUUAAGAUUAAUAUGGAGAAAAGGAAUGGUUGCGGAAGGAGAUCCACUAUCUCGGUUUCAUAGUCAACGAGAAUGGGCGUGCACCUGACCCAGAGAGAGUGAAGACAUUCCAGAAGAUGGAAGUGUCGACGAACACGAAGGAGCUGCAAUCGUUUAUGGGGUUGGUCAGCUACUACGGCCCUUUCAUCACUGGGUUGCACAGUUUAAAACCUCCACUCAGCCGACUUCUGUGCAAGGACGUGGAGUUUGUUUGGUCUCCGGAAUGCCAAAAGGCAUUUGCUGCCAUAAAGACAAAGAUAUGCGACUCGACUAUGCUAUCGCACUUCGAAGCUGACAAGGAGACCAUUGUCCAGGCAGAAGCCUCUGAUUACGGUUUAGGCGGAUUGCUCCUUCAGAAGGACGCAGAUAGGAGACUCCAGCCAAUCAUGCAUGCCGCCAGGUCACUGACGAAGGCAGAACGGAAUUAUAGCCAGAUUGAAAAGGAGGCACUGGCUAUUAUCUUCGCCGUACAGAGAUUCCAUCUGUUCAUUUAUGGCAGACCCUUCACACUUUACACUGAUCAUCAACCACUGAAGUUCCUUUUGGGUACUAACCGUGGUGUUCCCCAGGACGUAGCUAGGAGAAUACAACGCUGGAGUACUAUGCUUCAAAACUAUGACUUUAAGAUCCAAUAUGUGCCCACUCAGAAGUUUGGAGCUCCGGACGCCUUAUCACGACUGAGUGCAGUCAACGAAAAUCAAGAAGACGUGGUGGUCGUCAGUACGCUAUGCAAGAUGAUGACGAGUUUAGAGGUGUUAUCCGGCAGUUGCCGCUCACAGCCGAGCACAUCAGGGCCACCACUGCAGCAGACCCCCUUUUGUGCCAGGUGAAAGAGUUUAUUCGGAACGGUUGGCCCAGCGACGACAAAGUACACCCUUUCAGGAACAGAAAGGGACAGUUGUAUAUCACGGAAGACUGCAUAAUGUGGAAUGGUAAAUUGGUGAUCCCAGCAACGAGUUUUGCGGGAACUCCAUGCCGGACAUCAGGGUAUGACCCGCAUGAAACAACCGGCCCGCAAGUACGCAUAUUGGCCGGGAAUUGAUAACGACGUGGAGUCUUUCGUUCGAAGCUGCGGCCCGUGUGGACGUGAGGUUAAGAACCCACCGAGAGUACUGCUCGUGCCAUGGCCAGAGGUAACGAGACUUUGGAGUGUAGUCCAUAUGGAUUUCGCGGGUCCGUUUUUCAACCGAAUGUUUCUAGUAGUUGUCGAUGCAUGGUCCAAGUGGUUAGAAGUUUUCGACGUCUCGGCAGCUACUGCUGAUAUCACGGCAAGGAAGACGGAGGAACUACUAGCGAGAUACGGCAUCCCCACGGAGAUUGUGACGGAUAACGGCACUCAGUUCACGUCAUCAAUUUUCCAACAACUGUGUCAGAAAUGGGGGAUUUGACAUGUGACGUCACCACCAUUCCAUCCACAAUCGAAUGGCCAGGCAGAACGUUUCGUCGACACGUUCAAGAGAGCGAUGAAAAAGAUGUGGAACACUGGCGUUAAACUGGAGUAUCUCAACACAUCCCUUUUUGCAUAUAGAACAAUUCCAAAAAGUGAUCUUGGGGGCCAGACACCAGCCGAACGGUUUUUGGGACGACAGCCGGAUACGCGACUACAAUACCUACAACCGGAAGCUCGAGUCCCACAAACAACAAAACAUUACUUUCGCGAGGGAGAGGAGGUGUUUGCUCGCAAUUACAAAACCGGAGAGAAGCUCUGGAUAGAGGGUAUAAUAAGAAAAUCCAGAGGUGUUGUGUUUGAGGUGGAGACAGCAGCCGGAAAAAUAAAGAGGCAUGCUAAGCAGCUCAGGACUAGACACACCAGAGACAGUCAAAUGGCACUCGACCUGCUGUGUGAUACCUUUGAGGUUCAGACUCCCAGGGUAGACAGUCAGACAACACUACCCGUCGUUCGUAGAAGUAGCAGAAGAACGAAACCGCCAAGGAAACUGGUCUUGGACCCGAAGAAGAAGAGGUACGAGGUCCACCUUUCAAAAGCGGGAGGUGUUAUGGAGAGUACAAGCGGCGAAGAGCCACGGCCUAAGGGGCCAAACAGGGGGCUAAGCCGGCGGCGUGAGACACGCGUGAUGUUAGACGGCCGACCGGCGUGCACUGCAGCGCCGAGCACGUGUGGUGGCUUUACACGUGUGCGGCCCAAUCGAUGGCUGGUCGAACAUUUCAGACGAUUCCACCGGGGGCUGUCGCGCACGCGUCAUUGGACGGAAUGUUACAGAACGCACAGGAGCCAAGAUAAAUAGCGCGUCUGUCUGACGAGUUGUAACCCCUCGUGUCCGCAAGUUACCAAUAAAGUGUUUGUCUUCCGAACCGGCUCUCUUCCUGUCCUACCUUUCUUCCGGGUCAUAACAGACAUGCUGAUUUUCGAAGUAAUUAGUCCGCGAGUAGGCAUAGGCGGCACUACUUGAAUCGAGUGCUUGGUUGUUACGGGAGGGGAAUCCGCUACAGCAACGGUCUCCUAUUGAGUAGCACUUAUCUAGAAGACAAUUAUCUCAUCACUAACGCUGGCUUUUGCCAGGUGCUCACUGGUGCUAGGUGCUCACUGGUAACUGUCAGACUGCGUGCUCGUUAAAAGCCUAGGCAUGAUCCCAUUUCGUAGCCGGUUAGGGUUGAGGGUCAGGGUUAAGGGGUGGAGGUUAAGUUUAAGGGUUGGGGUUAGGUGUUAGGCUGGGACUUGUCUACUGCAGGUACGGCUACCAAAUGAGAUCCUACCAAAGCCUAGACCGCCGUGAUAUAUCAACACUAAAGGUCGUGUGUGGUGGCGAAUGCUGAGGUGGUCAUCCCUAGUCUUCUCGAAGAUAAGGCUCCAAAUCCAAAUACGAAGACAAGCUCGGCAGAAUACCGCACAAAAGAAGCGAAAAACCCUGGUGCUGCUCGAUGGUGAUGGACGCAGGCAGGAUCUGGCCGGCAAAAUGAAUGUUAACCUGGAGUAACAACAGACCCUAGAGACUGAUAGCAUCAAGAGGAAAUUGAAGAGGCUAAAAAACGAUGUUUAUAUCACUGUUGCAGGAGUCCUCCGAAGCACACGUUAACUACACUAGAACUGGUUCGUCAGCAAUGACGAGUAAUCCAACGCCUUUUCUCCGAGGAGAACCAGUUUAGCAGACUAUGCGGCCAACUGCACCACUGAAAACGAGAUGGAAUUCUUCCAAUGUAGACGCCAAAUUCAGCGAAUACCGCACGAGAUGGCUGGCUUGCAAUUCAAGGGGAAUCCAAACACACCGACCGUAGUGCAGUGGAGAACUCCUUGAUUGGUGUCAAGACAGCUGACGACUCAAGCUACUGCAAAUGAAUCGCUGUUCAGCUCAGACAGAACCACCUUGCUGUCAGCAGUCACAAAAUUCGGGAUUUUUGGCCGAACACUAUGAACGUCCUCAAUCUGUUUCAAAACCGUUAGGGGACUUCCGCAAACAGAAACCGACAAGUUUUAUCGCUGGGCUCCUCUGCAAGAAGUUAUCAAGGCAGUGCAGCAGUUGUCCAAGGGCAAAGCACUGAGUUUCGACUUGAUUCCAACGGGGAUCUACAUAUGCACUGGCCCCCAAAUUCUGGGAAGCUUGACUUUGUUGUUCCAGAUGUUUAAACAUGAACAGAUGGUACGGGACCCCAAUGAUAUCACCAUUUUCCGCCUCUACGAACGAAGGGACAGUCGACCGAGUAAUGCCAACAAAGUUCUUGCCUGUAUUCAUCGUGGUUGCCUGGCGGCACACAUAAAGGAGGUCCUCCCGACACUUCACAGUUCGACCGUCGUUGCCGACGAUGUCCGCCGUGUGCUCCACAAGAAGGUGAAGCAGGUUCGGUGACUUGCGCGUGAUUAAAUUUGGAGUGAGUGUAGACUUGCGGUGCAUCUACAGCAUCCUCUCCCCCUCAAUCUGGACCCGCAGUCAAGACAGUCAAGAAGACCGGCGGCGGCGAAGGGUUCAGGUGGAUGGCACGGUCGGACCCGCACCUUGGCCCUCCAUUCCACACCCCCUGGUCCACACAGCAAAUGACCAGGAUUUUUACCAACAACACGUAGGCGUCCUGUGAUACCUGGAUCGGAUCCCACGGAGUGGGAGUGCCGUAGAGGCCACAUUAGGAGGGAGCCAUGGCAGCCUAACUCUUAGAUCACCAGUCGGCCGCUCCACACAAGCACACAACACUGGGCCGACUGCGAGGUCCAGGUUAUCUCGUCAGUUGGCAACCUUCCAAACCACGGCUUUUAGCGCACCGUGAUAGCUUCAAUCGCGUCAGACUGUUUAUAGUGAGGAAUAUGCGCCGAGUCGUCGACCUCACUUUCCCCUCCCAUUAUCAGGCCCCAGCCACUGUCCGAGCCGGUCAGUUGACAGGUGCGAGGAACGGACGUGGUGGCUGACAUAUCUAGUGACCUUGUCUGCGCGCACCACAUGCACGACCUGGCCUCCUAAACACAAGUACCAGGAUUUCACACAACGGGGGUUGAGCGGCGUACAUCUCACAUGCAUGAGAGUGCCGUGGGUCACAUAGAGAAGGAGCCGCUUAAGCCUCGUCCUCAGUCCACCAGUCUAUCACUUCACACACACCCACACAACUGGGCAGACCGCGUGGACCGAGUUGGGGCGUCUGUCAGCAACCUUCUAAGCCACGGUGCUUGACGCACCGUGAUAGCCUCAGACUCGGAUCACACAUGCAGCAGAGGAACCGCACGGGGACGGAGCCGAAACGCACACUUCCCACUUGCGUGGGAGGUGGCAGUUGGAUGCUUGUGGAUGAUGAUGUGUGAUGUAGGGGUGGAAGGUGUGAUGCUGAAAUGUAGCCGGCGGUUGUCUAUCGCAGGUUUUCGUGGGUGCGCAUGUGGCCUAGUAAGCCCAUGCGGUGGGGUGAAUGUGCCGGUGCAGUUAAGGUGGAUGUGUUGGUGUUCCAGACACUGGUUCGCCAGUCUCCAUGCGAUUCUUAGUGUAGGCUUCAGGAGCACCGUGGAACGAACAUACUCCUGCAGCGCGACAAUUGUUGGAGAAUGCUAAGAGUCGGGAAUCCGCUUCGACAGAACCUCCGUAGACCGCACAAAGGCUUCCAACGUGGCAAGAUGAGAUCUAGAAAAUUAUGGCAGACGUUCCCCGAGGUUCGCAUUUGCAGUCCGACAAAUCCACGACGGCGUAACGAUGCGUAUCACGUACAGUGGAUCAACCUCAGAACCGUUGUUCGUGACAGAUUGGGUGAAGUAGAGUUGUGUGCUUACCCCAACCCUCUUAAGUCUUAUGUUAUUUUACAUGUCGAUGGACGCCUGUCGUGGGGAACUACCGGAAAUCGACAUCAACUAUUGAGCCGACGGUAAACUACUUGCGCCUUCACGAAAAUGUCAAAGACUCUUUACUGGUGAUCGUACAUUGAGCACCACACCUGAAGCUGUCAUAAGGAAAAACCGGAACGUUUUUCUGAUGCGCCAACUUCGGAUUAAACACGAACUUAGAGGGCACAUGAGUAGAGGCGAAUGUUUGAGUUCCGGGUGUAUGUGUAAGUAAGAAAGGAUACUGAUAGAGCACCGGAAUUAUUAAUUUUCCCGAGCUUUCGAACUCGUGCAGUCCAUCGUUCUGUACGAGUUCGAAGGCUGAGAAAAAUAAACGAUUGGUCCGGUGCUUGAUCAAUGCCCGUCUUCCUUACAGAGGAACAGUUGUAAUGCAUGAACCGGCUACCGACAAAAGAUAUGUCGUGUUCACCACCAUUGUCAACGACGAUCAUCUCAUCCUGGCAAAUAAAUUCUCGCCAUCUUGGAAAUACCAUCGCAAGUACCGCGAACGAGAUUUCAGUCCGCAGCAAGGUCUUCGCCUUUAUGAUUGCUGUCUUCAGAACAUUUCCGUACAACGCGGGCGCUUAACCAUUCCUGCCUAGGCUGUCGUCGGAGGAUAAUAAAAGUGAAGCUGCAAGGACGGAUUCCGGUCACUUGAGUUCUGGUGCUGAAGCAUGUACGACUUCGGUGGGGCAGUUGCUUUGUAAGAAUUUCUGAUGAGCGCCUGCCGAGAAGACUUCAGCAGUAUUAUUUCCAAGAGACAAAAAUGCCCUGAGGACACAUUAAAAGCCCCACCCAGGUGUCUCGAACUCGUCCGGUUGAUCAUGUGCGGGGUCGGCAGGCAUGUCGGACUGCAGUACAGAAUUUUGCAGCAAUCCCCAAGGCCAACGAAUGUAGGAGACGGGGGUGAGGUAUCAGGUACCCCGGACUUUACUGUCGAUUAAGAACUUGUCAACGGACAAACCCUUAUCAGAUGUUCUAAUUUCCAGCGCACGUUGAGGAUCCUCAUCGAUAUUACAUGAUAUCCUCGCAUAUCGCAUGGCAUUACCAACAACAUUGAUAUCAUGCGAAGCAUCAUCGCAAACACCAAUCUAUGCCUGCGAGCGCACAUUCAGGGCCAAAGUGCUCUGGUUAGAAAUCACCGUGCCUCUCGGACCAAUGCUGUCGUUGCUUAUCAAACCACUUUAAUUUCCGAACCUUAAAUCAGACCUGGACUUAACUAGUAGUCUACACCAAGCCGCCCACUUCUAUCUUUUUUCUUUUGACACUUCUGCACCCCUUCUCAGUCGAAAACUUGUUUGUUUGCUCAACUGUAAUUGUCGCUUUUUCUCUAUUUCCUUAGGAUCGACACUGGACGACACGCGAAUUUGCUGAGUUAACUAAAUUCGUAGAAUCCGGCUCGGGUCAAAUGAUGAUUUUGGAGGUCGGGUGUGGUGUCGGCAAUUUUAUUUUCCCCCUUCUAGAAAAUACCAACUCGGGAUCGCAAUCCGACUCAACGGUCCAACCCACUACAGGGCCUCUCAAAGGUGUUGUUGCUUAAUAACCUUUGGUCUGCUUCUUUUCUUAUCCGGUAGGAUAUGACUCAUUAAGUCCGUCCCAUACUGUGCUGACGAGGUCGUGUUAGACGGCAUAUCAAAUUACAUCCUAAUUGGGUCUAAGUUUACCUUUUUUUACAAAAGUGCGUUUUUCCCUUGUUUCCUAUAGCGUAGUUUUAUUAACCAUGCCACUGCUCUUUUGUCGUCCCCGAUUACCAAUUCUACCCACCAAUAAUCGCAUUCAUUUAAUGUAUUGUAGUUUCUGCCUAUGUCUUUUUAUCCUUCACAUAGGUUCAAAGUCAGUCAUAAUCUAUGCCUGCGACAUCUCUCCCAAGGCUGUGAUCAUGGUCAGGCAGCACCCCCUCUUUUCAGAGGACUACGCGUCGGCUUUCGUAUGUGACAUCUCCGUCGAGGGUGCACUCUUGGGGGCACUUGCUGACGCACCGAAACCCACCCUCCUCGACCGACCCUCCCUGUUCAAUCCAGGCUUUGAUUUGGCUACUCUCAUCUUCGUUCUCUCAGCCAUUAACCCGGAUGCCAUGCACAUCUGUCUGCAGAAUAUUGCAGAGUGCGUUGCUCCACACCAUUAUGGUACCCGUCUAAGUAAUCUGCAUAGCAGAAGGCUAGAUAGCUGGUCGGCGACCACGGCGAAAUAUGCACUGACUAAUUGUAUACUUGAAUGCCUGAUCGGCAGUUUGUUAGGAAUUCAUUGAUGGUUCGCCAGAGUGCUCAGUAGCGAUCCGGUAAGACCUGUCUGACCUCAUUUUGUGUACUUCACUGCGCUUUUGACGGCACCAGUUAGCAGUACGGACUGUAAGGAUCGCAAGCUUGGCUUCUCACUGUCCCUGGAGAUAGUAGUAGAGCUUUGUGUCGAUUGCCACAAUUGAGUCUUGUGGGGAAAAUAAGACCAUAAGAGAACUGGUGUAAUCGGUCACGGGACGCCUCCAUGAGGAAAAUCUCAAACUACUAACCAGUUAAGAACGGUCUGGCAGUCUGCUGGAAGAUGAUGUCAUGUGGCAGUUACAUUCCACGCAGUUUUUACGUGAAGUUUCAAGCAGGCGCAUUUUGGGAGAGGUUUUCCACGUGAUCAUAGCUGCCCUUGACCCCCGUAAAACCUUAUUGACGCUUUUUACGGCUUUACAAACCUUUUACUGCUUGAGCUAUAUUCAUAUACCUCGAACAUUUUUCCUUUAAGCGUCCUGCGACCCGGUGGAAAAUUACUACUGCGUGACUACGGACUCCACGACCACUCGCAACUGCGAUUCGGACGUGGGAGUCGUCUUCUGGAAGACAAGCCCUCCUACCACCGUCAGGAUGGUACUUUCACCUACUUCUUCUCUGUUGAGGAGUUGACCUCUAUGCUGUCUAACGCUGGGCUGACCGUGCUUAAGUGCUCUUAUAUACACAGAAAAACGGAGAACCGCGCCAUUGGUCUCUGUAUCAAGCGUAUCUUCAUUCAAGCCAUUGCACAAAAACCCGAAUAG